AUGCAGUCCUCUACAGCUACUAUGUCAAAAACUAAUAGUAUAAUACCGGUACUAAAACUACAAACUCCAAGAUGCUGUGCAGCGCUCAAGUUUACUGUGGCAUUCAUUAUCGUUGCUGCAAUUCUUCUGCUCAUUGGCGCCCUGGCCCCACUCUCAGCUCCUCCUGCUAAAAACUCCACUGACUGGGAACGUCUGCACUUCCUCUUCAACGAGCUAGGAUCAAACCAUGGAGAAGAUGCCAUCUCCUUUGCCAUCAGUAGCCUGACGUUGUUGGGGAUGUUGGCUCUCAUCACCUACACAGCCUAUGGCAUGACUGCCCUGCCCUUUACCUGGAUCAAGGGUGUCAGGGCAGCCAAGAGAGAGAGACUUGAGGUCUGUGAGGACAGGGAAGAGCUGGAAGAGAGGAGGAACCGUAUUCAUGUCAAGUACCAAGAUGGACGGCGAAUGACCAGCCGUGACCGCCGUGACAUGGAUGACCUGGAUGAGAAGCUCCGUCUCCUGCGUCGUCGGGAGCGUCAUCUCCUGUCAGCCGAGCGCAGCUGGCUCAACAAGUGUUUCAUCGUCUGCAGGCCCUUCCAGAUGGUGUUUGGGAUUGUGUUCAUCCUAUUGGCCCUCAUCAUCUUUGUGUCCCUCCUGCUGUCAUGCAUCGACCGGAUCCUGCAUGGCCUGGGGUACAAGAUGGGAUAUGCCCUCCCUAAACCACAACUGCCCAACCCUGUAGACAUUGUCAUGGUCAACACACAGAAGGUGUUUCCCCUGGACUAUAUCCUGAUCUCAGCCAUCAUCAUGUACUGGGUCUUCUGUUCUAUGGCAGGGAUCAAACAGAUGGGCAUAUGGUUUUUCUGGAUCAGGAUGUACAAGAUCCGAGUGCAGCGGACCCGUCCCCAGGCCCUGUUGUUCAUGUGCAUGAUCCUGAUGCUGAUCGUCCUGACCAACAACAUCAUGUUGUACACCCUGUCCCCGCAGUACGUCACGUUCGGCAGCCAGCACUACUGGCAAAAUGGGACCAACCAUGCCACCAAUGAGACUUUUGCGACACUCGUGCCCUGUAAUCUGAAUGCAACGCAAGGGUAA